AUGGUUCUAAACUCCAAUUCUUAGCAACAACAAUUAAAGUAAGCACUUUAAUAAUAUUAUUAAUAGAUGCAGCCAAACAUAGAUUAGCAACGCAACAUAUAGCGAACCUGAGAGAGAUAAAAUAUAACAAGUUACUUAAAACUUGCCUUUCUAUAUUGCUAAUACCAGUGGAAUAUGGAGAUUGAUUUCUAAAAACAAAACGAUGAGUAAUGAACCUUCAGUAAAUAGAAAGGGGGGUGUUUGAACAACUCAGGAAAGAUUAAGAAUAACAAGCUGGCGCAUAGCCAAUAGUAGAAGAGAGAAUAGUCUCAGAUUAAGAAUCGGCACGAAGUCAUCACUAAUUCUGCAAGCUAGAGAUGAACUAAUAAAAUGACAUAGUCAUUAAAAAAUGGUGGAAGCUUUCAUAAAGGAUAUUGAGAGAGUUAAUCCUAAAAGAUAAAUAAGAGAUAUUAAUCUGA